ACCGGCGGCGGAGCACGCGUGUGUGCGGACGCAGUUGCGUGAGGGGUUUGUGCCAUCCUUGGUGCUGUGGUGCAGAGCUAGUUCCUCUCCAGCUCAGCCGCGUAGGUACGCCGGGGUGUGGGCGGGGCAGGGAGGCCAGAGGACUAAGCCGAGCCGCAGCACUUGUGAGAGGGAGAAGUCUGAGUGGCGCUUGCGGCGGCCGCGCCAGUCGCGUCCCCCACCCCCACCCCAACGGCAGCAGGCGCGCUCAGCGGACGGACGGGCGCGCGGCGGCUCCUCGCUCCCCCUCCCCUCCCGGCUGGGGCGCGUGGCCGUGUCCGCCGCGUGCGCGUGCUGCGUCCAACGGCCUCGUGGGGCAGGAGUAAGCCGCGGCCGCCGCCUGGGCCCCAGGGCGGUCUCUGAGGCCAGGGGUCCCGCGCCCAGCGAUUCCCGCCCGCCACCCUCUCCGCCACGCGCCCGCGGCGUCUUUUCCUCCCCUGGCCAAGGGAUCCAGUCGGUUCGGACCAGGAGGCGGCUUUCGUUUAGGGUGUGGGCAGUACUAAAGUCUGAUUGUAGUCUUGCGGUCCGCGCGUCGCAGAAGUGCCUUCGGUUUUGCAGAGAGCAAAGAGGGAGCAGCGAGUGCACGGAGUGGUAGUAACAACCAGUAUUCUUUCCACGCCCUCACUGUGUGUCCGGCACUGUGUGGAGCCACUUUUCUGCCUUUCAUUUGAUUCUUGCAGUGAGCUGGCGAGGUUUGGACAUAUUUGACUCUUUUCCCCCCAGGUUGAAUUGACCAAAGCAAUGGUGAUGGAGAAGCCUAGUCCCCUGCUGGUCGGGCGGGAAUUUGUGAGACAGUAUUACACACUGCUGAACCAGGCCCCAGACAUGCUGCAUAGAUUUUAUGGAAAGAACUCUUCUUAUGUCCAUGGGGGAUUGGAUUCAAAUGGAAAGCCAGCAGAUGCAGUCUACGGACAGAAAGAAAUCCACAGGAAAGUGAUGUCACAAAACUUCACCAACUGCCACACCAAGAUUCGCCAUGUUGAUGCUCAUGCCACGCUAAAUGAUGGUGUGGUAGUCCAGGUGAUGGGGCUUCUCUCUAACAACAACCAGGCUUUGAGGAGAUUCAUGCAAACGUUUGUCCUUGCUCCUGAGGGGUCUGUUGCAAAUAAAUUCUAUGUUCACAAUGAUAUCUUCAGAUACCAAGAUGAGGUCUUUGGUGGGUUUGUCACUGAGCCUCAGGAGGAGUCUGAAGAAGAAGUAGAGGAACCUGAAGAAAGACAGCAAACACCUGAGGUGGUACCUGAUGAUUCUGGAACUUUCUAUGAUCAGGCAGUUGUCAGUAAUGACAUGGAAGAACAUUUAGAGGAGCCUGUUGCUGAACCAGAGCCUGAUCCUGAACCAGAACCAGAACAAGAACCUGUAUCUGAAAUCCAAGAGGAAAAGCCUGAGCCAGUAUUAGAAGAAACUGCCCCUGAGGAUGCUCAGAAGAGUUCUUCUCCAGCACCUGCAGACAUAGCUCAGACAGUACAGGAAGACUUGAGGACAUUUUCUUGGGCAUCUGUGACCAGUAAGAAUCUUCCACCCAGUGGAGCUGUUCCAGUUACUGGGAUACCACCUCAUGUUGUUAAAGUACCAGCUUCACAGCCCCGUCCAGAGUCUAAGCCUGAAUCUCAGAUUCCACCACAGAGACCUCAACGGGAUCAAAGAGUGCGAGAACAACGAAUAAAUAUUCCUCCCCAAAGGGGACCCAGACCAAUCCGUGAGGCUGGUGAGCAAGGUGACAUUGAACCCCGAAGAAUGGUGAGACACCCUGACAGUCACCAACUCUUCAUUGGCAACCUGCCUCAUGAAGUGGACAAAUCAGAGCUUAAAGAUUUCUUUCAAAGUUAUGGAAACGUGGUGGAGUUGCGCAUUAACAGUGGUGGGAAAUUACCCAAUUUUGGUUUUGUUGUGUUUGAUGAUUCUGAGCCUGUUCAGAAAGUCCUUAGCAACAGGCCCAUCAUGUUCAGAGGUGAGGUCCGUCUGAAUGUCGAAGAGAAGAAGACUCGAGCUGCCAGGGAAGGCGACCGACGAGAUAAUCGCCUUCGGGGACCUGGAGGCCCUCGAGGUGGGCUGGGUGGUGGAAUGAGAGGCCCUCCCCGUGGAGGCAUGGUGCAGAAACCAGGAUUUGGAGUGGGAAGGGGGCUUGCGCCACGGCAGUGAAUCUUCAUGGAUCUUCAUGCAGCCAUACAAACCCUGGUUCCAACAGAAUGGUGAAUUUUCGACAGCCUUUGGUAUCUUGGAGUAUGACCCCAGUCUGUUAUAAACUGCUUAAGUUUGUAUAAUUUUACUUUUUUUGUGUGUUAAUGGUGUGUGCUCCCUCUCCCUCUCUUCCCUUUCCUGACCUUUAGUCUUUCACUUCCAAUUUUGUGGAAUGAUAUUUUAGGAAUAACGGACUUUUAAAGAAGCAAAAAAAAGACUGAAUUUCCUUGCUUACUUUGCAUAUACAGACUGGAUUUUUUUUUUUUUUUUACAGCCAUUUCCCCAAAGGAAUGUCUUGCAUAUUACUGACAUUUGGUAUGUUUCAUUCAUUGGAAUAUUUCUUAUUUUCUACGUGUUUGAAAAGCCUGUAAGAAAUACAGGAUUUGAUAAUAUUUUGAAGGCAGGAAAAACCCAAAUUGUUUCUUCUUUGAGAGUCAUGACUACCUUCUGGUGUGGAGAAAUUGCCAUUGGAAAAUUUGACAGUUUUGAUUCUCACUGGUAUGUUUAAAAACUGAAUAAAAGGAGUAGAAUUUUUUUUUGAUAAAGGAUCACAAAACAAUUCUAAAACCUACUGUUUUUACCAUUGAAAUUUAAAUUGUGAUAAUAGGUUUUAAAUGUCUAGAAUGCAACUGAUAGGCUUUUCUUGAACUGUUAGUUUUUUUGAAGUAGUUUUUUCAUGUUUAAUUUGUAUUUGUAAAAAAACAAAAAGCAAAAAAAUUUCCCAAAACCCAGAUAACAACCAGAGCAAAACUGUUGUGCCUUCUAUUUAUCUUUGAUUUCAGUCUUGGCAAUUGUUUAAAAAAAAAAUCUAGAUUUGUUUUACUAGGUUCAGAGUAUGUGGGGAAUUAUAGAAUCCCUCUUUCAUCACUUUGUGUAUGUCUUUUGUUAACAUAUUUGUUAUGCCUUAUUCUAAAAUUGAGUCUCAAACUGGAAUGCCUUUGAAGACAGAUGCUUCUAUAGAGGUUCUUUGACCUAAAUAGUUCAGCAUUUGUAUUUUUAUUCUGGUAUCUAAUCAGAUUCCUAAUCAUAGCCCGUAAGAAGGAAUGUUACUUUAAUAUUGGACUUUGCUCAUGUGCUUGUGUCCGCAUUUUUUUUUCUUAAAAUCAUAGCCAUAUGGUAAAUUUUCUAUUUUGUUAUGGUUCUCUUUUAUUGAUGGGCAUGCAGUGGGUGUUACUUGGAAAUGGCCAAUUUUUAUUAAAAUAUUUCUGGAAGAAAA